GUCAGGCUAUAUGAUGCUGAUCAUACUGCCAUUUCAUCAGCAGAUUUUACAAACAUCUUUUCAUCCUUUAUCAUGAGACUGGACAUACGAUUCUACAAACAACUUUGGUGAUUUGUAAAGAAAACGUUACUAACAAACACCUCUUAAACGAUUGUAGCGCUUAGUUGUUCUUUGCACCCGGAAACUAGUUGCAUAUUAUUCCUAACAAACCUGUUCGGGUGCGCUUGGAUGCUUCGCUUGAGAACGUCACUGCACUGCUUAUUUUCCUGACUGAAAGACAAUGACGACCAUGGGGUUUGCUACUGCAACACACUGAGAAGCUUACCUGAGAUUUCAUGAGAUAUGGAAGCUAUAUGGCUGUACCAGUUCCGACUGAUUGUCAUUGGUGACUCAACAGUUGGGAAGUCUUGUCUUAUCAGACGUUUCACAGAGGGUCGUUUUGCCCAAGUGUCUGAUCCCACAGUUGGAGUAGACUUCUUUUCCCGUCUGGUGGAGAUAGAGCCAGGUAAACGCAUCAAACUUCAGAUCUGGGACACAGCGGGACAAGAGAGAUUCAGGUCUAUUACCAGGGCCUACUACCGCAAUUCAGUGGGCGGCCUACUGCUCUUUGACAUCACGAAUCGUCGUUCAUUCCAGAAUGUUCAUGAGUGGUUGGAUGAGGCACGCAGCCAUGUGCAACCCCACAGUAUUGUUUUUCUGCUGGUGGGCCACAAGUGCGACCUGGAGCCGCAGCGGCAGGUGAGCCAGCAGGAGGCCGAGAAGCUGGCGGCCGCCUACGGCAUGCGCUAUGUGGAGACGUCGGCACGUGAUGCCAUCAACGUGGAGAGGGCCUUCACUGAGUUGACGCGUGACAUCUUUGAGCUCGUUAAACGGGGUGACAUUACCAUCCAGGAAGGCUGGGAGGGUGUGAAGAGUGGCUUCGUGCCCAAUGUUGUGCACUCAUCUGAAGAAGUGACCAAGAGUGACCGCCGCUGCUUUUGUUGAUUGACUGAAGUGCUACAGGUGUGUUACAUACCUCCUCUGCAAACCCAGUCAUAUUGUGCUCCCUUAGCUUGGCAUCUCGCACUGCUCUUUCUCCAUCAGUGACCUCCUGACCACAGUAGUACGUAACAGUUCAAUUUGUUAAUCACAAGGAUCUGUUUUAAAACACUUCUUCUAGGUUUCUUUUUAUGCUUACUUUAGGGAGACCCAUCUCCCAUUUCCAAGACAAAUGCAGUGCUUGACUAUGUGCAAAAGUCAUCUUAAACCGAAUAAGAGCCCCACUUUGCAAAGCAAUGAACUUUGGAACAUUAAAACAUGGGCUUUUUUGGCCCCUGCAUGGAAUAAAGCAGCCUGGAAGCGUGGAAGGGUUAAGACUGCUACAAUAUGUGAACGCAUUGCCUCCUUGACUCCUUGACCCAGUUUUUUCUGCUUGAAUAUGUGAACGCAUUGCCUCCUUGACCCUGUUUUUUUUUUUUUUUUUUUUUUUUUUAAAUAAGACAGAAGCAAAAUUCACAAAUCAAAUUCAAUUAUAUAUACUGCCCCCUCUAAUAAAAAUGACUGUGGGAUAUAGAAAGGGAGAACCAUGCAAAUGAAAACAUUGGUGUAACUGGUUUAAUUUUCUUCAACAAAUGCAUUGUGUCCUACAUGAUUAGCAUCUUCUUCUUCACACAUUUUAUUUAAUAAUUUUAUGGGAAUGUGAACUGACUAACAGUUAAAGAGCCUUGUCUUUUUUUACAUAAGCCAUAUCCUUGGUCACCACUCCUAAAAAUAUCCAGUAAGCUUUACACAUUAAUGUUCUUAUACCCAUAUAUAGCACCAAUUUGAAGUUAUGACCACAUGCUUUUCUCCUAUAUGAAAGUUUUCUCACUUGGAAAUUCUUACUUUCCCCUAUAUGGAAGCUCUCUCACUCAUUGGGUUAAAUUAAUUUAGCAAAUAAUUUUGUUCAUAGAAGUUAUUCUUGAAGGCCUCAAAUACUCAUAUUCUGUUAAUUUACCACUCCUUGACUAUUAAUUAAUGCAGUAGUCAUUUUGAAGUUUUAGUUUUGAGAUGUAAAAAAGCGUAAAAAGGUGUUAAUAAACUACACUUGAGCAUAUGACAGUUUGAUGUAUUCUUUUAAAAAAUAAGUACAUAAGUAACAUUUAUUUUAGGAUCAUGUCCCUUAGUACAUUUUUCAUUUUGAAUCAAGUCUUUGAAUGCUCAGAAUGAAACUCUUUCCUAUAUACCACGUCACUUGAGGCGUAGCUGCUGAAAUAUCUUUUGACUAAUACAUUGUCAUUUAACAAGCUGAAAUGACUUAACUAUGUAUUUAUUGAUCU